UGGAGUCAAAGGCCGUGAGUCAGCCAUAAUGGCAGCUGAAGAAAUUAAUGAGGACUCUCCAGUAGAAAUUCACGAGUAUUUGUCAGCGUUUGCGAAUUCCAUUGAUGCUGUGGAUGAGAUGCUGAAGAACUUGGUGUCUGUUUCUAGAAAUGAGUUGUUGCAGAAUUUGGACCCACUUGAACAAGCAAAAGUGGAUUUGGUUUCUGCAUACACAUUAAAUUCAAUGUUUUGGGUUUAUUUGUCAACUCAAGGAGUGAAUCCUAAGGAACAUCCAGUAAAGCAGGAAUUGGAAAGAAUCAGAGUAUAUAUGAACAGAGUCAAGGAAAUAACAUACAAGAAAAAUGCUGGCAAGCUGGACAGAGGUGCAGCUUCAAGAUUUGUAAAAAAUGCCCUCUGGGAACCAAAACUGAAAAAUGUAUCCAAAGUUGCCAAUAAAGGAAAAAGUAAAAGUUAACUUUUUGGUUUUGAUGUACACAUAUUCAAAAAGUACAUCAUUUU